AUGGUAAAAGACUUGCGUUCCCAGUUUAGUCAACUUCAGGGAACGGAUCACCAAAGGCGUUAUAACGACCUAAAGGCCGAACUGAAGCCAUAUUGCCUGGCCCUCGACUUUAACGGCAAUUCAGCCGUGGCGAAGCUCCGUUCCCUUAUAGACGAGGCCACACUGGCAAAGAGUGAAGACGGAGAUAAGCUGGUUGCCAUCCAGGAGAGGAUCUCCUAUUCUCAAAGAACAGGGAACUUCCUAGACGUCCGCUCUGCUCUAUUUAACAUCUUAGCUACGCCCGCCGAAAUCGAGGCCGAUAAAGUUGUGCGUCGUUUCGAGCAGAGAUCCCGUUCCUCUCAGUACUUCAGGGGACCUGUCCGACCACACCCGUUUAGGCGUCCUCGCGUUGACCGUUCUGGAUCCUGUUAUGCCUUUGGGGAUCAGGGACAUCUCGCUAGAGAUUGCCCUAGCAAACGAAAAAUGUAAUUCGAAUGCUUGGUCUUGUUACAUUAUUUUAGAGUGAUCAAUAAAGUACAUUUGUCAGAUGACUUGCACCCAUAGUUGUGGACUACUUUACUUUAUUCCUUCCUGCUGGGACCCCGAAAGGAAGUCUGCCACAUCCAGGUCGCCUCCGCGUUCUAACGGAGAGACCCUGUGCCGCUCUCCGAGCCGCCGGAUGGGACAGACUUCCUCCCCUCGGGGCCUCUCGUUCACAACAGUAGACCUCAUAGCUUUAACCUUUCCUUUCACAGUUCGACCAUGUAAUUCCUGCAUGGGAGCUGAAAACCACGUUUAACCCCGUGGCUGCGACCCGCAUUUACGAGCAACGCCGAGUUAAGCGGAUACGCUGGCCCCAAGGAGAGGGAGGUCCUAUUGUCCCAUCUGUGCCCCCGCCAUUUCAGAUGAUUGCCAAAGGUCUUCUCGACACACCCCUCGCUGAUAUGUGGGUUAGGGAUUCCGGAUCGUUUCUGGCAGGCGAACCCCAUAAACAUGUGUCCGGUUGGGAAUAUUUGACUCAAAAUCACCCCCAACAGGACCUAAUCAUGUCCUGGAUAAAAGAGGGGAUCAAUAUUCAUGAGUUUAUUGUUCCAUUUCAUGGUACAUAUCGCCGAAGGGGCUAUCACCGUAGCUUCCCUCCUGAUGCAAUUUUCCCCAUUAAUAAAGUCGUGUAUACCCCAUGCUCAAGUUAUCUCCACCGAGAUCGAAAAGAAGACCGCCAUACCCUCGGGAGGGUAGGGGAAGUCCCGCCACCCCGAAUAGUCAUCCCACUUAGUAUCGAGCCGUCCAAGCCACGCUUGGUUCUCGACCAGCAAUAUCUUAACUGCUUAAUGAAACAUUACCCCUUCAAACUGGACCAAGUUGUCAAUUUCCCAAGAUACCUC